GUGGGUUUUCGCCCCGCCCGCCAGGCAGCUCGGGCCGCGCGCGCACGCGGAGUCGCCGGAGCCCGGGCCGACCCGGUGCCGGGAGCAGCAUGCGGAGCCCGCAGACGCUGCCCCUCUGGACACCUCCGCUUGAGGCCUCUCCGUGAGGGACGGGGGGUGGGGCGCCGUCCCCCGCCAGGGCGGAGGCCGCAGGCCACUGCCAAGCAUGGCGCCCACCUGGAGUCCCAGUGUGGCGUCUGUGGUGGGUCCCAUGGGGCUCUUCCUCAUACUGCUGGCCAGAGGAUGCGCCGCGGAAGAGCCACCCAGGUUUAUCAAAGAGCCCAAGGACCAGAUCGGUGUGUCAGGAGGCGUGGCCUCCUUCGUAUGCCAGGCCACAGGCGAUCCCAAGCCACGGGUGACCUGGAACAAGAAGGGCAAGAAAGUGAACUCCCAGCGCUUCGAGACCAUCGACUUUGACGAGAGCUCUGGGGCGGUGCUGAGGAUCCAGCCGCUGCGGACGCCCCGGGACGAGAACGUGUAUGAGUGCGUGGCCCAGAACUCGGUGGGAGAAAUCACUGUUCAUGCGAAGCUGACCGUCCUCCGAGAGGACCAGCUGCCCCCCGGCUUCCCCAACAUCGACAUGGGCCCCCAGCUGAAGGUCGUGGAGCGUACGCGCACAGCCACCAUGCUCUGUGCCGCCAGCGGGAACCCUGACCCCGAGAUCACCUGGUUCAAGGACUUCCUGCCUGUGGACCCCAGUGCCAGUAAUGGGCGCAUCAAGCAGCUUCGAUCAGGUGCCCUGCAGAUCGAGAGCAGCGAGGAGACAGACCAGGGCAAGUACGAGUGUGUGGCCACCAACAGCGCCGGUGUGCGCUACUCCUCACCCGCCAACCUCUACGUGCGAGUCCGCCGUGUGGCACCCCGCUUCUCCAUCUUGCCCAUGAGCCACGAGAUCAUGCCCGGUGGGAACGUGAAUAUCACCUGUGUGGCUGUGGGUUCACCCAUGCCCUACGUGAAGUGGAUGCAGGGUGCCGAGGACCUGACGCCCGAGGAUGACAUGCCCGUGGGCCGGAAUGUUCUAGAACUCACGGAUGUGAAGGACUCAGCCAACUACACGUGUGUGGCCAUGUCCAGCCUGGGUGUGAUCGAGGCGGUGGCUCAGAUCACUGUAAAAUCUCUCCCCAAAGCCCCUGGGACUCCUGUGGUGACAGAGAACACGGCCACCAGUAUCACGGUCACCUGGGACUCAGGCAACCCCGACCCUGUGUCCUACUACGUAAUUGAGUAUAAGUCCAAAAGCCAGGACGGACCGUAUCAGAUCAAGGAGGACAUCACCACCACGCGUUACAGCAUCGGGGGCCUGAGCCCCAAUUCCGAGUAUGAGAUCUGGGUGUCGGCUGUCAACUCCAUCGGCCAAGGUCCCCCCAGCGAGUCAGUGGUGACCCGCACAGGCGAGCAGGCGCCGGCCAGCGCUCCCAGGAAUGUCCAGGCGCGCAUGCUCAGCGCGACCACCAUGAUCGUGCAGUGGGAGGAGCCGGUGGAGCCUAACGGUCUGAUCCGCGGCUACCGCGUCUACUACACCAUGGAGCCCGAGCACCCGGUGGGCAACUGGCAGAAACACAACGUGGACGACAGCCUGCUGACCACCGUGGGCAGUCUGCUGGAGGACGAGACCUACACCGUGCGCGUGCUCGCCUUUACCUCCGUGGGCGAUGGGCCGCUGUCAGACCCCAUCCAGGUCAAGACGCAGCAGGGAGGUGAGGUCUGGGGAGCGGGUCCCCACACGCCUGCCAUGGGCUUUGGGUUGGAGUCAAAAAGGACAGGAUCUGAGCGCCCGGCUUCCCGAAGGCAGCUAUGCUGUUUGAUCGCUGGAACUGGCACAGCCGCCCUCACCACUGUAUGGCGGCGAAGUCUAAGAUUGAGAGCAUCGGAGCUCUCGCUGCGGAGGGCGCUCGAGGCUGCAGAGAGAGUGCUAUUAAGUACCUUUGAUGACAUCUGCCUUAACCGGGACGAGCAGCACCCAGUGCGCAGGGGCGCUGUGGAGAGAGGUACCCGCUCCGGGCAAUGCGUGCGCUGCUUCAUCUCCCACUGCUGCGUCUCUGUCCACUGUGCGCCCGCACUCCUUCAUGGGACUCUUGUCUCUUACGCACCACUGCGCCCGGCGCACAUGCGGCGUCUUCUAUGCGUCGACCCCCUACUCCAGGACAGGCCCAAGAGCGAGCCCAUUCUGCGCAGGCUACGGCUGCCACGCCAACGCUGCGAGGGCCGAUCGAGUAGCUGUCGUUGCGACGACUUGUCUUGGGAGGGGGGCCAGUGGCUUCAUCUGAGGUUUUGGCGCCAAGAGGUCUGGCGGAGGCGGGGGGUGCUCGCGGCCUGGCGUGUUCACGCAUGGUCAGUGUUCGUGCAUGGCUCAGAGCUCCAGGGUGUUCCCACGAGAGCAGGAUGCGGCGUCUACACCCAGAUGGUUGAAAGCAGCACCUGGACGGUUCAAUUGCAACGUCAUCGGCCAUGGUUCGGUGGCUUAUUCUCUCGGCCUGGACGCGAGGACUGGUCCGUCGCGAGACUUGCGACUUACAUGGGCGUGCAGAGCGCUAAGAAACUCCGUCGUCCGCAGCAUAGAUUACCCCGCCGGUCCCCGCCGGCCGGCCGGCCGGGAGCUGCAGAGAGUCUCUCCCGGCCAUGGGCCACCGAGCUCAUAGCCUCGUACCCGGCGCCGCUCCCUCUCGUAAGAAAGUCUGUUAAGUUAGCGCUUGAAGAAGUGGAAGGGUUCGAUUUCUCUUUGGUUCGUUCUGUUUUGUUAUCAUCUUUUUAUUUUCUCUUUCCCAUCUUCUGUCCCUGCCCUCCCUGCCCAUCCCACCUCCCCGCCCCCACGCUCUUCCCAAUAGAACCGUCAGCCCCCCCUCAAGACGUUAAGUGCACCAGCUUGCGCUCCACGGCCAUAUUGGUAAGUUGGCGCCCGCCACCGCCAGAAACUCACAACGGGGCCCUGGUGGGCUACAGCGUCCGCUACCGACCGCUGGGCUCAGAGGACCCGGACCCCAAGGAGGUGAACAACAUACCCCCGACCACCACUCAGAUCCUUCUGGAAGCUUUGGAGAAAUGGACGGAGUACCGUGUCACCGCCGUGGCUUACACAGAGGUGGGACCAGGGCCCGAGAGCUCGCCCGUGGUCGUCCGCACCGACGAAGACGUGCCCAGCGCGCCCCCGCGGAAGGUGGAGGCGGAGGCGCUCAACGCCACGGCCAUCCGAGUGCUGUGGCGCUCGCCCACGCCCGGCCGGCAGCACGGCCAGAUCCGCGGCUACCAGGUCCACUACGUACGCAUGGAAGGCGCCGAGGCCCGCGGGCCGCCGCGCAUCAAGGACAUCAUGCUGGCAGAUGCCCAGUGGGAGAUGGACGACACUGCCGAAUACGAAAUGGUGAUCACGGACCUACAGCCUGAGACCGCUUACUCCAUCACAGUAGCCGCGUACACCAUGAAAGGCGAUGGCGCUCGCAGCAAGCCGAAGGUGGUGGUGACCAAGGGAGCAGUGCUGGGCCGCCCCACCCUGUCGGUGCAGCAGACCCCCGAGGGCAGCCUGCUGGCGCGCUGGGAACCCCCCGCGGACGCGGCUGAGGACCCUGUGCUCGGCUACCGCCUGCAGUUCGGGCGCGAAGACACGGCCCCGGCCACGCUGGAGUUAGCGGCGUGGGAGCGGCGGUUCGCAGCGCCUGCGCACAAGGGCGCCACCUACGUGUUCCGGCUGGCGGCGCGCGGCCGCGCGGGGCUGGGCGAGGAGGCGGCGGCGGCACUGAGCAUCCCCGAGGACGCCCCGCGAGGCUUCCCACAGAUCCUGGGCGCCGCGGGCAACGCGUCCGCAGGCUCCGUGCUGCUGCGCUGGCUGCCGCCCGUGCCCGCCGAGCGCAACGGCGCUAUCAUCAAGUACACGGUGUCCGUGCGGGAGGCCGGCGCCCCGGGGCCCGCGACCGAGACGGAGCUGGCGGCUGCGGCCGAGCCGGGGGCCGAGACGGCGCUCACGCUGCAAGGGCUGCGGCCGGAGACGGCCUACGAGCUGCGUGUGCGCGCGCACACGCGCCGCGGCCCGGGCCCCUUCUCACCCCCGCUGCGCUACAGGCUCGCGCGGGACCCAGUCUCGGCCUCCGCGGACUCAGCCCAGGCGCCCGAGGCUCCGGUCUGCACAGGUGGGAUGCGGCUCGGCGGCCACGCCCCUCCCGCUUCUCUCCGCAGCAGCAACAGCAGCAGCAGCAGCACCAUCUCUGCAGCAGCAGCAGCAGCAGGCACUGGGGACAGGGCAGGCAGGGCCGGGCCAGGCAGGAAGGCCGAGGGCACAGCGGACCGCAGGGACGACAGGGGCCGCCCCACGCGCCCCUCAGCCCUGGCUGGCGCUCACCGGGCCUCUCUUUUCUCUCUUCUCCGCUUGCCGCCGCCGCCGCCUGCAGUCUCCCCCAAGAACUUCAAGGUGAAGAUGAUCAUGAAGACAUCGGUGCUGCUGAGCUGGGAGUUUCCUGACAACUACAACUCGCCCACGCCCUAUAAGAUCCAGUACAACGGGCUCACACUGGACGUGGACGGCCGCACCACCAAGAAGCUGAUCACACACCUCAAGCCGCACACCUUCUAUAACUUCGUGCUCACCAACCGCGGCAGCAGCCUGGGCGGCCUGCAGCAGACCGUCACCGCCAGGACCGCCUUCAACAUGCUCAGCGGCAAGCCGAGUGUCGCCCCGAAGCCCGACAACGACGGCUUCAUCGUGGUCUACCUGCCUGACGGCCAGAGUCCUGUGACCGUCCAGAACUACUUCAUCGUCAUGGUCCCACUGCGCAAGUCUCGGGGCGGCCAGUUCCCAGUCCUGCUGGGUAGUCCCGAGGACAUGGAUCUGGAGGAGCUCAUCCAGGACAUCUCCCGGCUGCAGAGGCGCAGCCUCCGCCUCCGCCAGCUGGAGGUGCCCCGGCCCUACAUCGCCGCCCGCUUCUCCAUCCUGCCCGCUGUCUUCCAUCCUGGGAACCAGAAACAAUAUGGCGGCUUUGACAACCGCGGCUUGGAGCCAGGCCACCGCUACGUCCUCUUUGUGCUCGCCGUGCUGCAGAAGAACGAGCCCACGUUUGCGGCCAGUCCUUUCUCAGACCCCUUCCAGCUGGACAACCCAGACCCCCAGCCCAUCGUGGAUGGCGAGGAAGGGCUCAUCUGGGUGAUCGGGCCCGUGCUGGCCGUGGUCUUCAUCAUCUGCAUCGUGAUCGCCAUCCUGCUGUACAAGAACAAACCCGACAGUAAACGCAAGGACUCUGAGCCCCGCACCAAAUGCCUGCUGAACAACGCUGACCUCGCCCCCCAUCACCCCAAGGACCCUGUGGAAAUGAGACGCAUCAACUUCCAGACGCCAGGCAUGCUCAGCCACCCGCCCAUCCCCAUCGCAGACAUGGCAGAGCACACGGAGAGACUCAAAGCCAAUGACAGUCUGAAGCUCUCACAGGAGUACGAGUCCAUCGACCCCGGGCAGCAGUUCACCUGGGAACAUUCAAACCUGGAGGCCAACAAGCCGAAGAACCGCUACGCUAACGUCAUAGCCUACGACCACUCCCGAGUCAUCCUGCAGCCCCUCGAGGGCAUCGUGGGUAGCGAUUACAUCAACGCCAACUAUGUGGACGGCUACCGUCGGCAGAACGCGUACAUCGCCACACAGGGGCCCCUGCCCGAGACCUUUGGGGACUUCUGGAGGAUGGUGUGGGAGCAGCGGUCAGCCACCGUUGUCAUGAUGACGCGGCUGGAGGAGAAAUCGCGGAUCAAAUGUGACCAGUACUGGCCUAACCGCGGCACGGAGACUUACGGCUUCAUCCAGGUCACCCUGCUGGACACCAUGGAGCUGGCCACUUUCUGCAUCAGGACAUUUUCCCUGCACAAGAACGGCUCAAGCGAGAAGCGUGAGGUGCGCCAUUUCCAGUUCACGGCGUGGCCGGACCACGGGGUGCCCGAAUACCCCACACCCUUCCUGGCAUUCCUGCGCAGAGUCAAGACCUGCAACCCGCCCGACGCCGGCCCCAUCGUGGUCCACUGCAGCGCGGGCGUGGGCCGCACCGGCUGCUUCAUCGUCAUCGAUGCCAUGCUGGAGCGAAUUAAGACUGAGAAGACGGUGGACGUGUACGGCCACGUGACGCUCAUGCGCUCGCAGCGGAACUACAUGGUGCAGACGGAGGAUCAGUACAGCUUCAUCCACGAGGCCCUGCUGGAGGCGGUGGGCUGUGGCAACACCGAGGUCCCCGCGCGCAGCCUCUACACCUACAUCCAGAAGCUGGCCCAGGUGGAGCCUGGCGAGCACGUCACGGGCAUGGAGCUGGAGUUCAAGAGGCUCGCCAGCUCCAAGGCGCACACCUCCCGCUUCAUCACCGCCAGCCUGCCUUGCAACAAGUUCAAGAACCGCCUGGUGAACAUCCUGCCGUACGAGAGCUCGCGCGUCUGCCUGCAGCCCAUCCGCGGUGUUGAGGGCUCGGACUACAUCAACGCCAGCUUCAUCGACGGCUACAGGCAGCAGAGGGCCUACAUCGCCACUCAGGGGCCGCUGGCGGAGACCACGGAGGACUUCUGGCGGGCACUGUGGGAGAACAACUCCACCAUAGUGGUCAUGCUCACCAAGCUCCGAGAGAUGGGCCGGGAGAAAUGCCACCAGUACUGGCCGGCUGAGCGCUCCGCCCGCUACCAGUACUUCGUGGUGGACCCGAUGGCAGAGUACAACAUGCCGCAGUACAUUCUCCGUGAGUUCAAGGUCACGGACGCCCGGGAUGGCCAGUCCCGGACCGUUCGGCAGUUCCAGUUCACGGACUGGCCAGAGCAGGGCGCCCCCAAGUCAGGCGAAGGCUUCAUCGACUUCAUCGGCCAAGUGCAUAAAACCAAGGAGCAGUUCGGCCAGGACGGGCCCAUCUCGGUGCACUGCAGCGCGGGAGUGGGCAGGACAGGCGUGUUCAUCACCCUGAGCAUCGUGCUAGAACGGAUGCGCUACGAGGGCGUGGUGGACAUUUUCCAGACGGUGAAGGUGCUUCGGACCCAGAGGCCCGCCAUGGUCCAGACGGAGGACGAGUACCAGUUCUGCUUCCAGGCGGCGCUGGAAUACCUGGGCAGCUUUGAUCAUUAUGCAACAUAAGCCAUGGGCCCUGCCCGACGCCAGACCCUGCGCCACGUGUCCAGAUGUGACCCAGGCCCCGCAGGGCACGAGGAGCCCGGCGUCCCAGGGGCCCAGCUGCUGCCUUCCGAACUCGGCACACUCCUCACCCCCUUCUGAUUCCAGAUGAGGUUCCGGGGUGGGGGCGGGGUGGAGAGCCAAGAGGGGUGCAGCCUCUGCUCCCCAGGGCCGAGCUCUGCGCCAGCGCUCCCCGCCGGCCUAUCGGCAACAUUUUCUUUCUUUCAUUUUUUUUAAUAGUGUAUAUUUUUUUUCCUCAUUUUUUUAAGAAGAAACAAAAUCGUGCCGGUCAAAACUUUGAAAAACAAACAAGAUCACCAUGUGCGCCUCCGAGGGAGGCCUAUUUUUUCACAGUCAGCUUGUCAUGUGGCAGUUACGUGCGAGUGUGGGACUGAGCCCGUGACAUGUCCCUCGUCCCUGUGUGAGAGCCACACUCUUAGCUCUUCUUUUAGUUUUUGGGUUUUUUUUUUUUUUUAAACCAAUCUUCAGACAUAUCAGAUAUGGAGGGUGAAGCUGGGGGGCACUCGGGCCAGACUGCAGGGACAGGCCACCGAGGACACUGGUCCAGCCCCGGCCACCAGGAGCAUCCUCAUCCACUUGUGGCCUCCGUGCCCUGCGUGGAGGACCCGGUCCCUGGGACUGCAGGACACUUGGGGACAUCUGACUCCCUGGAGCAAGUGCAGAGCAGGUCAGCUCUGUCUGCGCCGUUUUUUGGGCAGAAGCAGUGGGUGCUGCCCUGUAUGUAGAUAAACCGACUUUGUAUUAAAGGAAGAUUCGUCCGA